AGCAGAAGAAAACACGUUUCCCACGAGACCUGCCUCCUGGACCAGGUGCUGGAGCUGAUUAUGAACGAGAAGCCCCCCACCAGUGCGAGUCUUUUCCUAAACGAGGACGCAGACAAACCCCCCGUGCCAGAGAGAGUAGACUUAAGGAGGCGUUUACGCAGGGCAAUGGAGAGGAAAGCCAGCAGCAUGAAGGAGAGGAUAGGCUCCAUCAGCAGGGACAGCGUCAAAGGUUUCCUCAAGAGGAACCUGUUUGUUCUGUUCACUGUCGCCGCCGUGGCUCUGGGUGUAAUCCUGGGCUUUGCUCUACGCCCCCACAACCUGUCCCUGAGGGAGAUCAAGUACUUUGCCUUUCCAGGGGAGCUCCUAAUGAGAAUGCUACAGAUGCUGGUGCUGCCUCUCAUCGUCUCCAGUCUGGUCACAGGUAUUUCCUCUUUGGACAGCAAAGCGUCAGGUAAAAUGGGUGUUCGUGCAGUGAUCUACUACAUGGUGACCACUCUCAUUGCUGUGUUCAUCGGCAUUGUCAUUGUGAUAAUAAUCCGGCCGGGGAAAGGCAGCAGAGAUAGUCCUGUGACCAACAGUGGAAACAUUGAACCUGUUCAGGCUGCUGAUGCUUUUCUGGAUCUUAUCAGGAAUAUGUUUCCUCCCAAUCUGGUAGAAGCUUGUUUCAAGCAGUAUAAAACUGUGUACAAGAAGACUGUUCAUACAAGGAACGUGACAGUGACCCUGAACCUCACCAACUCUCUCAACGUGACAGAGUCUAAUCUGAGCGUGAACCUCAGCAGGGUGCUGCACACCAUACAGGAGACAGUGGAGGAGACGGUCCCUGUGUCCGGCUCUUCUGCUGGAGUGAACGCGCUGGGUCUGGUGGUGUUCUCCAUGUGUUUCGGUCUUGUCAUUGGCAACAUGAAGCAGCAGGGCCAGGCCCUCAGGGACUUCUUCGACUGCCUGAAUGAAGCCAUCAUGAGGCUUGUGGCCAUCAUCAUCUGGUAUGCUCCCCUGGGCAUCCUGUUCCUCAUUGCAGGGAAGAUUGUGGAGAUGAAGGAUCUGGCAGAGGUGGGCAGUCAGCUGGGGAUGUACACUGUGUCAGUCAUUGUGGGUCUCCUCAUUCAUGGCCUCUUUGUCCUGCCGCUGCUUUACUUCCUGGUGACCAGGAGAAAUCCCUAUACCUUCAUUGGUGGUCUGCUGCAGGCACUCAUCACAGCUCUGGGAACCUCAUCCAGCUCUGCCACCCUGCCCAUCACCUUCCGCUGUCUGGAGGAGAACAACCAUGUGGAUAAAAGAGUGACACGCUUCGUCCUGCCUGUGGGCGCCACCAUUAACAUGGAUGGCACUGCCCUCUAUGAGGCUGUGGCAGCCAUCUUUAUAGCUCAAGUCAAUGAUAUGGACCUAAACUUUGGCCAGAUUCUCACCAUCAGUAUCACGGCAACUGCUGCCAGCAUUGGAGCAGCAGGCAUCCCUCAGGCUGGCCUGGUUACCAUGGUGAUUGUAUUGACAUCGGUGGGACUGCCCACAGAGGACAUAACACUGAUCAUCGCUGUGGAUUGGUUCUUGGACCGCUUGCGUACCACCACCAAUGUGCUGGGUGACUCGCUCGGGGCUGGCAUUGUGGAGCACCUUUCCCGUGGAGAGCUACAGAAUCAGGAUGCUGAGGGGCACAACUCUGUUAUUGAGGAGAAUGAGAAGCCCUACCAGCUUAUCUGCCAGGAAAACGACUCCAUCAACCACCACAACAGUGAGACCACAAUGUGAAAAAAUAAACCACAGUUAAAGGGGAAUUGUGUACCGAAAGCAUUUUAGCUAGAAGGUUGGCUUGUAAUGGUGCAGGGGCGGUUUUAGAGAAAAAAAAUAGUUUUGGGU